GACUUCCUUGUUCUACUUAAACUGAGUCUUCCCGGGCACUUGAAGUAAGGUAGCAAUAAUGACCGUUUCCGUGCUGCUUUGAGCUGGAGCUGAUUCAAUAGAAGAUUAAUGCAGCUCUGAUUCCACCACCUGGAUCAGUACCUCUUCAUUGAUCCCAAAGUCAUUCAGCUUCUCCAGCCAUAGCAGUUUUCUGUAUGGUUCAGUUGCAGCAAUGAAUUCAGAUUCCGUAGAAGACAAACCUGCAACAACUUGUUCAUUACUCAAACUGAAAUGAAACCUCUCCCAAGGAUUCCUGUUUUUCGAACAUUUGUUCAAUAUUUCUGGUGUCAGCAGCGGUGCUGUCUCUCUUUUCUCGCUAAGAGAUCUACCCAUUUGGCGGAAUGGAAUAUCUCUCAGCACAGCUGUCUGUGGAAUAGAGUGGCACCUAUUGCAGUAUUGAGGAGAUAUAACCAGACCUCAGGAACACUGUGGAACCAUGAAACUCUGCAGAAGUAUUUACAGACUUUAACCCAAGAAUAUCAAACGAUCGGUCUGUUACUGAAUGACUACUCAAUGAAUGAAUACAAAAGAAAGGAUCUUAGUAAGAGAUAUGCUGAACUGUCCCAACUUGCCCUGAUAUAUAAAGAAAUACAAGAGACAGAAAAAGAAAUGCAGGAUUUGUUAGACCUGUGUGAAAAUCUAACCAGUUCAGAAGACAAACCACUGCUAGAAGUUGCUGUAGAAGAAAAGAGAGUUUUUGACCAGAAGAUCAGCACUCUGUACCGGAAGCUUUUUCAGGUCCUGAUACCCAGAGAAAAAUGGGAUGAAAGUAAUGUUGUAUUGGAAUUGAUAUCUGGCAGGACAACUGGAGGUGACAUAUGUCAGCAAUUUACCCAAGAAAUAUUAGACAUGUACCAGAAUUAUGCUGAUUACAAAAACUGGGCCUUUGAGAUUGUGAAAUAUGUUCCAUCUGACCAGGGUGGAUUACAUCAUGCCACUGCUCUUAUUUCUGGAGACCAUGUGUACAUGCAUUUGAAAUACGAGGGAGGUAUUCAUAGAGUACAGCGAAUCCCUGAGACUGGUUUAUCUGCAAGAAUGCAGCGGAUCCACACGGGUACCAUGUCAGUUAUUGUCCUCCCUCAGCUUGAAGAGGUAAAGAUAAAAGUGGACCCAGGCGAUUUGCGUGUAGAUACUUUUCGAGCCAAAGGGGCAGGAGGACAGCAUGUUAACAAAACAGAUAGUGCUGUACGAAUUGUACACAUUCCUACAGGGUUAAGUGUUGAGUGCCAGCAGGAACGAUCUAUGCAUAUGAAUAAGGCAAUUGCUCUACAGUCACUGAAGAAGAAGUUGCACCAGCAGGCCAUUGAGAGGGAGCUGAGCCAGAGGAACACUUCAAGAAAACUGCAGCUAGGGGAAAGAGCCCAGUCAGAGAGAAUUCGCACAUAUAAUUUCAGCCAAGACAGAGUCACUGACCACAGGAUCUCCUAUGAUGUCCAUAAUAUCAAGGAAUUUUUAAGUGGCAGAGAACUCCUGGAUGAACUCAUCAGCAAACUGUUGGAAGCUGCAGAAAUGGAGGCUGUUUUAGAACAUCUGGAAAACAAUUUUAAACCUGUGCAAUCAGACAUGUGACUUGAUACAUUUCUGAAUUCAAAUAAAUUCAGUUUAAUUUGUUUGUAAAAUGAAGUGGAAAUGUAUUAAAAUAUGUGGUUGUUAAAUGUC